UUGACUGCAGUCGGCAACGGUCGCGCAUAGCGGGCAACGCGUGCCUCUGCCCCUUGCUCGGUUAAAUAGUUUUUGUAUAGAAGUAAAGAACAGAUAAAGUUUGACAACGCGACGGCCGCGUCUUUACUCAAUACAUAAAAUACAAUUAACCAGUGACUUUGGGAAUUGAUAUUUGAUAAAUGACGUAAUUACAUAUAAAAAGACGAACGGAGAAAUGAAGAUGACAACACCAAGUCUUGUAACACCGGCGUGUGUACUGGCGACCCUGCUGCUCUGGACGACAGCCUCCUCAGGAGUGUUCAUCUCGAACCUGUCGGAGGCGUGCUACCGCUGCUUAUGCUACGUGUCGACGGAGUGCAACACCGCGCACGGCUGCACCGGCGGCUACUGUGGACCCUUCAACAUCUCCCGCGUGUACUGGAGCGACGCCGGCCGUGUCACCCUGCUUGACGACGAUCCCCAGAGGAAUCAUGCGUGGGAGGACUGCGCUAGAAAUUACAUCUGCGCCAAGAGAAUCGUCGAAGGAUACCUGCAAAAAUAUGGAAAGGACUGCAACAGCGACGGAGUGACGGACUGCUUUGACUUCAUGAUGAUAAACGGCAACGGGGGAAACGGCUGCACCUCGCCACUCAGUAAGACGGAAAACGGCCGUCGCUGGCUGCGCCGGUACCAAGACUGCCAGCUCGUCAUCAAAGCCUGACCACUUGCAGUGGCAGAGCGUAGUGAUUAUGUCAAGUUCUAAUUAAAACCAACAUUAAUUACA